AUGAAGAAUGGCGGCGGGUGCUUCUGCCUCGGCUCGCCGAUGCGCGCGCUGGCGCGGGCGUGCGACUCCGCCUGCGACCUCUACGUCCGCGGCAUCUCCGGGUGCGCGAGCCACGUGCCCUCGGGUGCCGUCGCGGGCGGCCGCGGCCCCGGCUUCGGCAGGUCGGCCACGGCCAUGUACGUGCGGGCGAGCUCUGACCGCGCCGACGACCUCGUCCGCGCCUCUUCGAAACAGCGGCGCCGCGUCGCGCCCGAGCCGGCGGACGUCCGGGCAGCGACGAAGGUUCGCGUUGGCCAGGAGCCGGCGGCGGCAGUCCUGCUGCGGAGGAAGGACGCGGCGAUGGAGACCAUCCCCGAGGAUGCGCCGUGCGAGUUCGGCGCCUGCACGCUCAUACGGCCGGCGCAGAGGAGGCGCGGCGCGGCGCGGCGGCGGGUGCUCGCCGCGCGUAGCGGUGGCUUUGGAGCCAUCAAGGUGGGGAGCGAGGCCUUGCCGCGCCACGCGUGA